UCUGCAACUAAAGAUACAAAGUGACGUUGUGAUUAGUUAAUUCCAACGGACAAUCAAUUGUAAUUUACUCUUUUACCUGGAUAAUUACUAUUAAUAUUCAGUGGUUUUGGAUUAAAUCAAUUAAUUGAUUAUCGCCUCUUAACUGUUUCUCAGGUUUGGAAAGUGUUAAUCAUCAGAAUCAUAAUAUAAUUUUCAUUGAUUUUCAAUCGCAACAAAUUAAAGGAAGAAAUCAUCAAAUAUGAAGUUAAUUGUUUUUGGAAUUCUAACCAUAAUUGUUUUGAUUAAUUGUUUUCUUUCCACUCUUGGAGCACCGCCAAUGGAAUCAAGAUCAGAACCGAUUGUUUGGUCUUUCAAUCUUGCCGAUAUUCCAGGUCAAAUGGCACCGAUUAGCCGAAAUGGUUACACAAGUCGACAGUCCGAUGAAGAUGAAGAUCCGACAUUCAGAGAUGCGGUCAGUACCUAUGGUAGAAAUCGUUGGAACAAUUUUCGAAAUAGUUUCACAGAGUUUUGGGAUAUUGUUCGUGCCGGUGGUCGAGGAGUUCGAGGCUGGUUUGCGAACGAUAAUGACACUGAUAAAUAAUCGCAAGGAUAUAAACCAUAAUAUUGGAAAGGGAAAAACAAUCAAUUCAAUCGAGAAGAAAAAAAAAAUUCAUUAUGUAAAUUAACUCUCAUCAUUUAAAUAUUGUUAUCAACUCUCAUUAAAAUAUUCAUCUGAAUAAAGAGGUGAACAAAACCUUGUCAAAUAAUCAAACAAUUAACUUGAAAUUAAAGUUGAAAAUUGCCAAAAAUUAAUCAUUAAAACAAUCAGUUAACAAUUUAAUUUCCAACUGAAACUUAUCCAUAUGAAAAAAUUGGUAAAUUUCCAUUUACUUUUUUACUGCCAAGAGAACGAUGAUUAAAAUUGAUUGUUUGGUCAUAACCUUAAUUGUUGAUGAUUAGAAGAAGAAGAAGAAGAAGAAAAGAAUCAAUUGAUUAACAACUUCGAAACUGAUUAAAGAGACAAUCACAAUUCCAUUGGUGUUGAGAAGUAAAACAUCAGCUGAUUUCGUUUGUGUUUCUUUUUCUCGAGAAACCAAUUUUAUUUUCUCGAUUCUCUAUUAGUCCAGUUUGAUAUUCGAUAGAUAAUCAUGAUUACAAUUUCUGUCAUUCUCUUGUUAAUUGUUACCUGGACUCGAAGUGACCAUCAUGUUUCCGCUGCUGGAUGUGAAGAUAUUCAAAGUUUGAUGGACAACACGGUUCGAGAAGACUGUUCAGCCGCUGGAAUGGUAACUCGAGGCGGAUCGAUUUGUGUCCCAAGAGUGGCCGGUCCACUGUUACUAUUUUACCGAUACUUGUCCUCCCAACCAAUGGCGAUGAGAUCAUUUUCCAAGGCUCAGGAUGAACAAUUAAUGAUUGGUUAUUAUCCUAAAUUGGAUAAAUGUUUCUUAAUCACUCGAACUCAAUGUCAAAUUAAAGCAGCGACAAUUGACUCAACUGAACCCAGAGUAUUCUGGAUUGAGAUUUGUCCACCUUCAGUUGAUGACCAUCUCACCGGAACCAAGAUAAGCCUUCAUCGUAUUAACCUUGAUGGUAGUGGACACGAGUGGACACCUUUCACUGGUCCCCUAGAAAAUUGGUACACAAUUAAUUUAACCCUUGAUUCGGUUAAUAAAAAGAUUUACGUGAUUACCUAUCAAGAGACAUUUGAAUGUGACAUUUCAGGAACUAAUUGUGAGACCCUCGAUCGACCCUCCGAGGGGACACUUUUAGCCUCUCGAAUGGAUCAGUAACAAAGUUACAUAUUAUCGAGAAGAAUUAAAAAAAAAUUGAUUGAUUGUUAUGAAACUAAAUUAAAAAGCCGUUGUUUGUUAAUCAAUAUAAUUUACCAGAAAAAAACAAAAAUCUCAUCCAUUUUAAAAUGUUACAUGAAUUUUUAUAAUAAUCACCAUGAUGAUUGUGUUGUGUUUUGAUAUAAAUAAUAAUACAAAUUGAAAUAUAA